UCGUCUCUCCCUGGCUUCUCCCGAACGCGUCUAUGAGCGCAGCGUUCCCGCCGUCGCUGAUGAUGAUGCAGCGCCCGCUGGGGAGUAGUACCGCCUUCAGCAUAGACUCGCUGAUCGGCAGCCCGCCGCAGCCCAGUCCCGGCCAUUUCGUCUACACCGGCUACCCCAUGUUCAUGCCCUACAGGCCGGUGGUGCUGCCGCCACCGCCGCCGCCGCCUCCCGCGCUGCCCCAGGCUGCGCUGCAGCCCGCUCUGCCGCCCGCGCACCCUCACCACCAGAUCCCCAGCCUGCCCACCGGCUUCUGCUCCAGCCUGGCGCAGGGCAUGGCGCUCACCUCCACGCUCAUGGCCACGCUGCCCGGCGGCUUCUCUGCGUCGCCCCAGCACCAAGAGGCGGCAGCCGCCCGCAAGUUCGCUCCGCAGCCGCUGCCUGGAGGCGGCAACUUCGACAAAGCCGAGGCGCUCCAAGCGGACGCGGAGGAGGGCAAAGCCUUCUUGGCCAAGGAGGGCUCGCUGCUCGCCUUCUCUGCGGCCGAAGCGGUGCAGGCGUCGCUCGGUAAGUCGGCGGCGCGCGCAGCCGGAACGCGGGGACGCGAGGGAGUGGGGGCGGGCCAGCUCCGGUCGGGGCUGUCCGAGGGCAAGGGAAAGACGAGUCAAAGGUGGAAGAUGACCCGAAGGGCAAGGAGGAGAGCUUCUCUCUGGAGAGCGAUGUGGAUUACAGCUCAGAUGACAAUUUGCCUGGCCAGACUACUCAUAAGGAAGAAGACCCCGGCCAUGCACUGGAGGAGGCCCCGCAGAGCGGCGGUGCGGCAGGCAGCACCACGUCCACGGGCAAGAACCGGCGGCGGCGGACUGCCUUCACCAGCGAACAGCUGCUGGAGCUGGAGAAGGAAUUUCACUGCAAAAAGUACCUCUCCCUGACCGAGCGCUCACAGAUCGCCCACGCCCUCAAACUCAGCGAGGUGCAAGUAAAAAUCUGGUUCCAGAACCGCCGGGCCAAGUGGAAACGCGUCAAGGCAGGCAACGCCAAUUCCAAGACGGGGGAGCCCUCUCGGAACCCCAAGAUAGUCGUCCCCAUCCCUGUCCACGUCAGCAGGUUCGCUAUUCGAAGUCAACACCAGCAGCUGGAGCAGGCCCGACCCUGAGUGCCCAGCUAGGGUGGACACCACCGUGGAGAGGCCCUAACACCUGAGGGGACCCCGUGUCAGACUCCACUGUUUAAAGAACUCAGAAGCACCUCCCAGAUGUGGACGUUCCAAGAAAAUUGAGAAUAUAUUCAUUAGACAGGCUUAAAGGGGGCUACAGCCACACCAGAAGAUACACUAAAUAUUUAUUAUAUGACCCUACUUUGUAUAUAGACAUCUAUAUAGACUGGAUCUCAGCUGCAGUGUUUU